GACGACAGUGCGCUGCGGCGGCUGCUUCCAUCUCGUCUCUUUGUCGUGAGAUCCCUGGAUGUGAGUGCGGAGGAGAGGACUCGCGAUCAUAGUUUUAUCCGAAGUUUUCGAAGCACGAAACAUUUACGAACGACGAACCUAUUACGACGAAAAUGGCCGAAGUAACGGAUUUCGGACCGAGAAAGACGAUUUUUAUACUCGCGAUUGUGGCUGGCUGCUUUGCGGUGUUAUGGCCGAAAAUUUUCUACCCUAUGCUCACAGCAUCUGUCACUUCACAUCACCACACGGACAGUUCUGCAUGCUGCGAAGUAAUAUUUGAAAGUGAUGUCACUGCGGUGGACAUUAUGCAAGAAAUGUGUCAAAAUAUAUUGCGACAUCAUCCAGUCGAUCCACGCAUUAGAGACGCGUUAAAGCAUAACAAAUUGACCCCUCAGACCUCCAGUUUGUGCAGAGAAGAAGUUCUAGCCCGAUGUGGCAUAGACUUAUCAUCCUUUUUGGCUGAGAGGGAAAGCUUGGGAAAGACAUAUAAACAAGUACUAGAAGAAAUUAGAUCCUUCAAUGGUUCCCUCUGUCUUAAAAUGAAUUUUGGUGUACCACUGUCACAGUUAGGCACACCUCAUCUUAUCAGAUAUCAUAUUUUGAUGCCACACAAUACCAUACGGCAGGAGCGUCGUACUCCUUCCCAUGCAGGCGAAAUGCAUCCUGCAAUGAGAGAACGGGGAAGGGCCAUACCGUCUUCUCAUGUUGUACCAAGGAUAGUGGACAGACCGGAACACAUCAUGCCAAAGAUGAGACCACCUCUCGGUGGCGCUGGUCAUGUUGUUCCAGCUCCAAAAGGAAACAGUACAAUGGGGAUUUUAAUGCCGCUGUACACGAUAGGAAUAGUUUUGUUCUUCGUGUACACCAUUGCUAAGGUGUUGAGGAAGUAUUCUGACAACGAGAUCAUUUCGGAGCCAUAUCCAGGAGUAGCUGCCGAAAAGGAAUUUCGCAAAAUGGUGUUCAAUCCGGAAACUUUGACGAGUGCGAUGACCGGGGAUACCCUAGAUUAUCAGAGAAGAAUAUCGUUACACGCCGCUCCUAGUAUAGAGGAGUUAAAAGAUCAAGCGGCAGGAGACAUAGAGAUAGAUCAACUGAGACAACGAUUGGUCGAGACGGAGGCAGCCAUGGAAAGAAUUGUUGUCCAGAUGGGCAACAUAUCACGUUCAGUAAUGCAUAACUCGGCCUCACAGCCAGAAAUCAAGGAGGACACUGUGGACCAGGAGUCACAUAGUAGAGAAGGUGAGGAGUUAGAUGCAGUAGAACAAUCGCCAACAGUUAAAGUCAUGGGUAUGGAAAUGACAGCCAGUUGUGAAAGUGGGCAAAAAUGUAGCAGGCCUACCACUCCCAUUAUUCUUACACAACCCAGUAAUGUCGAGAGAGAAAAAACGCCACCAAAACCUAUAUAUUUAGAGGGUGCGCUUCCACCACAAUGCGAAUUACUCGUGACCGAUUCAGAAACUCAAGCAGAAAAAUCAGAGGACGACGACGAUGCUCCCGUUGUUCUCUCAGGCAAAAUGACUCUCUCCCUCAUCAGCCUCGACCAGAUCGCAGCUGAAUCAGAGGAUGAAACUCAAGAUAUAAAGGAAGCAGAAGGCAUGGAUGGCAAGAGAAGAGAGAAAAUUUUAGACACCCAAGGAGAGAUUGAGGAUGUAGUGGAUAUUGAAGAAAAAAAAACAGGAGAACAAACAGAAAAGAUCAAAGUAGGAACAGAAGAUACUAAGAAAAAACUUAAAGAAAUGGAGGAUGUGCAAAAUAAUGUGAACCUUGUGAAGGAUUAUAAACAACUUGAGAUGAAACAAGAUAAACAAAGGAAAGAAGUAGAAUCAGGAAAAGAAAACGAUAUAAAAAGUGGAAAAAAAGAGAUAGAAAUGGAAGAGGAAUAUGAGGAAGAGGAAGAAGAAGUGGAAGAGGAGGAAGAAGACGAGGAAGAGGAGGAGGAAGAGGAAGAGGAAGAGGAAGAAGAAGGGAAGGAAGAAGAAUACGAAGAAGAAUAUGAAGAAGAAGAUGAAGAAGAAGAGGAAGAGGAAGAAGAAGAAAUAAAUAUAGAAGAGGGGAAAAAACAUAAAAUUGCAACAGAGGUGAAAGAAAAACAAAUAAAUGUAAAGAAACAAGAAGAAAAGGAGGCAGAACAGGAGGAGAUAGAAGAAGAAGAGGAAGAAGAAGAUGAGGAAGAGGAGGAGGAAGAAGAAGAGGAAGAGGAGAAGGAAGAAGAAGAAGAGGAAGAGGAGCAACAAGUAGAAGAUAAACAAAAAGAAAUAGCCAAGGGACGUCAGCAAUUCAGUUACAAUAAAAAUGAUGAAAAUAGAGUGAAAUAUAUGACAGAUUCUGACCAGGGUUUAGAGCAAUCAGAUGCUGAGAGCACUGAAGAUGAGGAAAUGGAAGAUGAUGAUAUGGAUGCUGAUGAAGAAGAUGAAGAUGAGGAGCACAAGGACAACGAUGCAGAAGAAUCUGAAAUACCUUCCAGCGAACGUGUAACUCACAAGAGAAGAGAUUAGAGUAAUUCUAUUUUUUCGGCAGUGGAUCAGUGUUUACCAAUCUUUAAGAAAUUCUAUACUAUAAUGUAAAGGAAAAAAUAUUAUACUAUGAUUAUAGAAAAGCUGGUAGUAUACCUGCAACAUGGAAAUGUAUAAACUUGUUAUUUAAGCACUGCCAAAUACUUAAAAUGCUAUGUGCAUCACAUUUUCGUUUUAUUACUUGUUAUAUUCGAAAUGUGAUAGAAUCACAAAUUUAUUGACUACACUGGGGCCAAAAGAAAGAGAGGCAGUGCUUUAUUCAUACAUUUGUGCCACAUUACAAUACCAGGACAGCAUAGAUAUACUUGGAUAUAUAUAUAUAUAUAUAUAUAUAUAUAUAUAUAUAUAUAUAUAUAUAUAAAAUUCUGUUUAGUCAGAAAGCUAUUUACGAAAUAUCUUCUAGGACUUGAUAGAUAGAGAAUAAUAGAAUCUUUUUCUAAUCGUUACGUAGAGUAACGAUAUAGAUAAAUAUGAAACUUUGUGAUUGGCAAGCACUGAUACAACAUCCAUGCGAAAGCCAAAGACCUGGUCUAGUCAUUUUUUUAUUACGAGUAAGGUUCGUUCGCAAAUCUUUUGCUUCGUGUACUAAUUAUCAUUCUUAUUUGAACAUUUAAUUUUUUUUAUCAGGUUUUAGCAUUUGAUUCUCAUAGUAUUAGUUCUCAUAUUGAAUUUACCGAUGUACGCUUCUCGACGUAUUUAAUGUGGAACAUUGAAUGUUUUAUCAUUUCGACAUUUCUGAACUUGGUUUGUAAAUGUGAACGUAAUUUCUGAAUGUAUAAUUUGUGAACAUAAAAUAUAUUCGUUUAAUAAUA